UCAUAAUGUCUUUCUAUUCUUGUUUUUACAAGAAUAAAAAACAUAAAAUUUAUUCAAUCACACCUUCAUAUGAAUAUAUUGAAGAGUAUGGACAAGAAUUACAGUGUAAAUGCAAACAUUUUGGAGACCUUCAACCAAAAGUUACUAAACCAAAGAACAUUUUGAACUUCAUUAUUUGCAGUAAAAAUUUCUUCUGAACUUAGUCGCCAUUGAAAAGAGUGAAAGUGCGCAACAGCACUACCUUAAACCACAACAACAACAACAAAUCCAAUUGUCAAAUUAAUUUCGGUAUAAUUGUUCCAGUGAGAAUUUUCUAUUAACAAUGAUACCUCAAAAAGUAGAAGAUAGAGAUCUAAAGGACUUGACAUUAUGCGAUAUGCAUAAUAGUCUAAAUGAAUUUCUACCCAUUCUCGAUGGUGUGUUUGCGCAUCCGAAUCCGGAUUUUGAUGAUAUGAGUUAUGUGUCACUAUUAGAUCCAGGAUUACAGUUGGUUAUGUGUUAUGUUCUAGAAGAACUUUAUUAUGACGGGAUGCAUGUGGGAUCGAAUAAUUUAUUACUGGAAAUGCUAAAUGAAUGGGCGUUACGAUUGUUUAUGAAGAAAUAUGGGCUGUCGCGCGAGGAAUCGAUAGCACAUGUUAAAGCACAGGAAGAAUACAAUCGAUAUUUAAUAAAUCCCGAAUUGUACUCUGAUAGUGAGUGAAGUGUAAAGUCUUUUUUUUAUGGAUUAGGCCUAACGGGGAUACCAUGUAAAAAAAAAUUUAAUC